AUGGCGCUCUCGGCAGCGUUGCAAGGCCCUGGAAAGAGAUUCUUCCACAACUACCGAUUCUACCUGCUAGCAACCGUGUCUUACAUGGGCUCCCUCCUCUUCGGCUACGACGUCGGCGUCAUGGGCGGCCUCCUCCCCUUCGAAAGCUUCAAACGCGACUUCGGCCUCCCAUCCGGCUCGUCAGGCUUCGCCAACGAAAAAGUCGCUGAAGUGUCCUCCAACAUCGUCUCGCUCCUGACAGCCGGCUGCUUCUUCGGCGCCCUCUCCGCGGCCCGCGCCAACGAGCGGUACGGGCGGCGCUACUCCCUCAUGGCGUACUCCGUCGUCUUUCUCCUGGGCGCCUCGCUCCAGGUGGGCUCGCCGAGGAGUCUGCAGUACGUUUACGCGGGCAGGGUCAUCGCCGGCCUGGGCGUCGGGGGCAUGAGCUCCAUCACGCCCGUCUUCGUUGCGGAGACCGCGCCGCCUGAGUUCCGCGGCCGUAUCACCGGGUUGUUCCGGGAGUUUUUGGUGCUGGGGAGCAGUAUUGCAUACUGGCUUAACUACAGCGUGGAGAGGAACAUGCCAUCUACAACAAAACAGUGGAGGAUCCCCUUGGGCGUGCAGCUGAUUCCCGCAGGCCUGUUACUUAUCGGGUUGAUCCCGCUGAAAGAGUCCCCGCGAUGGCUGGCUAAGCACGGUCGGAAUGAAGAGGCGUUGGCUUCUCUAGCUUACAUGCGUAAUCAGCCGACCGAUGACCCCGACGUUGUCAGCGAGUUCAACGAGAUCACCGAGUGCCUCAAGCCUGGUGUGCGGAACAGAUUCUUACUCAUCUUCGCACUCAUGGUGUGGCAGCAGCUCACCGGCACGAACUCCAUCGGCUACUACGCCCCUCAGAUCUUCCAGACGGUUGGUGUUUCGAGCGCCGAUGCGUCGUUGUUCGCGACGGAUAUAUACGGUAUCGCCCAUACACUCGGUGGGUUAUGGAUGUCUGCCAUGAUGUUCAUCCUCGCUGCCGUCCUAGCCACUCAUCCCCCCGGGGAUGGCAAGGCGGUGUCCUCGGCAUCGAUCGCUAUGUGUGUCUUGGUCUAUCUAUAUGUAAUCGCCUACACGGGCUUCUGGGGUCCAGGGCCAUGGAUCUACGCAGGAGAGAUCCUCCCGACGCAUCUUAGGCCUUACAGAGUUGCAUUUGCCGCCGCCACUCAGUGGCUAUUCAACUUCAUAGUCACCCGCGUAACGCCGCAGAUCAUCUACGGAAUCGGUUGGAAGACGUUCAUCAUCUUCGCCGUCUUCUGUCUUUCCAUGAGUAUCUUCACGUUCUUCUUCAUGAAGGAGACCAAGGGGAUGAGUCUUGAGCAAGUCGAUGUUCUUUUUGGGUCGGCCGGGCAGCACGGCGGUCACUCGAAGCUGGAGAGACCGAGGUAG